AUGAAAGUGUCUACUCUUGCGCUGCUUGCCCUCAUCAACGUCGUUGUUGGUAAGUGGUCGAAGAAAACUCCCAAGGAUGGAGAGGCUGGCUGGGAUGAGUGUGCAGUUACGCUUAGAUGUCAAAACGAUUGGGAGUGUGCUCAGACUUGGUCUUGUUUUGACAUGGCCCUGUUUCAUGAUCCGACGAAUUACUGUGCGUGUGGUUAUACGAUGAACCCCUAUCAAUGCUGGUGCUGGACGCCACGGAAUGGUAAAUAA